AGAUUAGAUCAAGUAUGACGUUUUUCCAAUUCACUCUUAUCGAUCCGUUUGUAAAUACAACUUAAUUUUGAAACCGUAUAUCUCUUUUGUAAAUAUAGGCAUGUUAAACAGUAACAAAUGUUUUAAAUCGAAGGGAAUUUAGUUUGAUUUAUUACUAGACAGGAGCUGAUUGAUUUUGAUAUUGAUAUAUACGUUAGAUAGGAAUAGUGGGUGGGGUAAAGACACUAUGGCGGAUGCCAGGCAGUUUAACCUGAAGUUUGACGCUUCCAAAGGUCAGGCAGUAGACGAAUACUUGGAAUAUAGAAGGAUUGUAGGAGAAGAUGACGGUGGUAAACUGUUUACACCUGAGGAGUUUGAAGAGUAUAAAAAGAAGGUCCUUCCUUUGAGAAUGAAGAAUAGGCUGUAUACCAGUCACAGUGGACCAACGGGCAUGGACUGUAAGCUAGUGGGACCCGAGACGCUAUGUUUCUGUAAACACAGGUACAAGCAACAUAAGACGGAUUUUGAGGAGAUUCCCAAAGAACGUCCUAUAAAGUUACCAUGCCGGGCCUCCAAGUGUAAAUGUGUCAGCUAUCACUACGUACCACUAAAUGGUUCUCAACCUAUACGGUGUCAUUGUAAACACACAUCGGAUGAACACGCAGAGUUCGGAAAGUUAGUUUGCAAAAAAGCUGGAUGCACAAAAUGCACGGGAUUCACGAGUUCGUUCACGUGCGGAUGCGGUGCUCCAGUAAGCCAACACAAAAUGAUUGUUGAGACAGGAGAAGAACGCGAAGCUCGGGGGCAUCCUCUAGGGGAGGCAACACCGUACGCUGCUAUGGGCGGUAUAACGGGAUUCUCGUCUAUGGCGGAAGGAUACAUGAGACUUGAUCCUAGCGGGAAAGGUGCCCCUAACAAAGGGUUUUUGGAGCAAUCUGUGACGUCAUCAGAUAACCCUUUCUUGAGAGCCAACGUACACGCUAUAAAGCAGCAUCAAAUGAACAAGAAGCAACAUGAUAUUGAAGCAGGUUUGACUGGACCAGAGGACGAAAUAUUUGACGAUAUAGGCGAACGAGUGUCGUCCAGGCGGCGCCCGGGGGAGGAUGACAUGACAUACUAUGAGCGUAGAUACCAAGAGAGACAAGCAAAUCAACCUAGUGGCCGAGAGCUCGACUCUCAAAUGGACAAACUGACUAUCGGAUCAAGGAGAGCUGUCGAAGAAAAGCCAAGAUCUGGUCGUAGAAAAUGAACAACAUUCAUAAUCUUAUUGUAUUUGAACUGUGAUAAGACGGUUUUGUGUCUAUAUAAAUAUUUAGAAAAAGCAGUUUCUAUUCACAAAUACAUAUACAUAUAUAUACGAUUAUGUGAAGCAUUAUUGCUCAAGUAUUUUUGCUUUUUAAGUCGCUUAUACUUUGUCAAAUGAUAUAUAGAUACUACAAUUUUAUUUUUAUAUUUCCACAUUAAGCGAAUUAAUAAGCUGUUUAAAUAUUCAUUCAUAAUAUUGUAUAUUUUUUAAAAUGAUACCACGUGAUCAAUAAGUUUAUUUCUAAAGAUCGUUACUGAUAAGACUGUAUUCACCGAACUAAAUAUACAUUUAUAAUAUUGAUAAUUUUACAUGAUGCCAUGUAACCAGUAAGUAUAUUUCUUUUAUAUCAUCAUUUAAGAAAAAACUGAAUUUAUUCACUUAAAAAGAUUUAUGAUUUUAUAAAAGAGUAGCAUGUGAUUUAUGUAAGUUUUCGAUAUUUCCUUUAUUCAUAAGAACCACUUGACGACCUUUAACCUUUAAACAAAACAUUAAUAAGUUACUAAUGCUCAGUUUGUUAUUUAGAAGUUUUUAUAACACAUUAUCACGUGCCUAUUAUAUACUGUCUAUAAUCAUUUAAUUUAUUAAAUCUGUAUUUUAUA